CUGGUAAUGCCUUAAUGCUGGGUCUGAAGAGAGUGAGUGGGGCCCCCUCUCUGUCCUCUCCUGGUAAUGCCUUACUACAGGGUCUGAAGACAGUGAGUGCGGCCCCCUCUCUGUCCUCUCCUGGUAAUGCCUUACUGCAGGGUCUGAAGAGAGUGUCUGUGCGGCUGGUCGACUGCAGGAAAACACCAGGGUUGAGUGGAACUGCUGGAGGAGGAGACGAGGAGGAGGGAGGAGACGAGGAGGAGGAAGGAGAUGAGGAGGAGGAGGAAGGAGACGAGGAGGAGGAAGGAGACUUGAUUCAUCAAAGAGAGAGACGUGGCAACCAUGGAUCUUCUGGGGAGCCUCAACAACAACCUCAUGCUGACAACACAGACUGGAGUCUCCGCACAUCAAAACACCUCAAUAAACAACCGCAGAGACAUACAGGGAAGAAACCACACCACUGCUGUUCUGAGUGUGGGAAGACUUUCGGCUGUCCAGCGACACUCAAAAUGCACAGAAGAAUCCAUAGGAGAGAGAAAUCUUACCGCUGCUCACAGUGUGGGGAUACUUUCAGUCAAGAAAUGACUCUUAAGAUUCACCAGCAGAUGCACACUGGGAAGAAACCUCACCACUGCUCUGACUGCGGAAAGAGUUUCAGUGUUUUAUCAAGCUUGAAAAUCCAUCAAAGCACCCACACCGAAAAUAAACUAUUCCAAUGCUCCAAGUGUGGGAAAGGUUUUGCAAACAACCACUAUCGAAAAAUACAUGAGAAAACGGUACAUGAGCCUCCCGCAGAAAGGUCUUACCACUGCUCUGACUGCGGGAAGAGCUACAGUUUUUUAUCAACCUUCAAAAACCAUCAAAGAAAACACACAGGAGAGAAACCAUUCCAAUGCUCCAAGUGCAAGAAAAGUUUUGCUCAGAAGUCCACUCUGAAAGCCCACGAGCAAACACACAUGCCUGCAGCAGAAAGGCCUUACCAAUGCUCCUACUGCGAGAAGAAGUUUUGUAUUUCGGCAUCCUUCAAUUUCCAUAUGAGAAUGCAUACUGAAGAAAAACCAUUCCAAUGUUCCGUUUGCGGAAUGCGGUUCAUUCACGCCAGUUUACUGAAAGCACACAAACACAAACACAAGCCCUCUGACGAAAGGCCCUUCCACUGCUCUAAAUGUGGAGCGUGUUUUACUACAAAAGGUAAUCUUAAAUUUCACCAGCUGACCCAUGACCGGGGAGAGAGAACUUAUCGCUGUUCUGAGUGUGGGCAUUGUUUCUCUCAUCCGAUUUAUCUGAAGAAACACCAGAAAAGGCACAGUAAAGAGAUGUCCAUUGUCUGCGACCUGUGCGGGAAGACCUUCAACCAUCCAAGCAACUUUAAAACGCACAUGAAGAUACACCAAGGAGUGAAACCGUACCACUGCUCUGACUGUGGCAGGAGCUUCAUAUUCCGCCAAGGUUUAACAACACACCAGCGUGUGCACACCGGCGAGCUGCCUUACGUCUGUGAUCAAUGUGGAAAGAGAUUUUCUCAGUACAAUUCUUUGGUGAUUCACCAGCGAACCCACACCGGAGUGAAACCUUACCCAUGCUUGGUCUGUGGGAAGAGCUUCAGUCGGUCACAAAACCUUGCUGCACACAAGAGAACUCAUACUGGAGAGAAGCCUCACGCCUGUGAUCAGUGCGGGAAGAGGUUUUCCCGAACCGACGCACUGGCUGUACACAAGCGCACUCACACUGGAGAGAAGCCUUACAGCUGUGAUAUAUGCAGGGAGACAUUCACCUAUUUAGUAGCCAUGUUGAAACAUAAGAAAAGACAUUGACAUCCUACAGGUGAUGUACUCUGUGCUGAAUGUCCUCAGGACGAUUCCAGCUCUGUCUAUGAAUAGAGAAUAACUUUGUUUAACCUACAGAAGACAUCAAUUUGUUGUUUUGCUUACAAUCUAACCCCCAGAGAGAGAGAGACACAAACACUCACACACGCAGACAAACCCAGAGGGCGGCAGGUAGCCUAGCGGUUAAGUGCGUUUGACCGGUAACAGAAAGUUCGCUGGUUUGAAUCCCUGAGUCGGCAAAGGUUAGGAAAAAAAUCUGCUGUUCUGCCCUUGAGCUAGCCAGUUAGUACCCAACAACAACUGCUCCCUGGGCACAUAUGACGUGGAUUAAGGCAGCCCGCCGCACCUCUGUGAUUCAGAGGGUUUAGAUGCGGAAGGUUGAAGGCAUUUAGUGAUGCAACUGGCUAGUUAUCCCUCAUUUCCUUUCCACCCAGAGGAAUUGGGAGCACAGAGUGGUUUUUGAGACUGGUUACUGUGGUUUUUGAGACUGUUUACUGUGGUUUUUGAGAGUGGUUACUGUGGUUUUUGAGAGUGGUUACUACGGUUUUUGAGAGUGGUUACUACGGUUUUUGAGAGUGGUUACUACGGUUUUUGAGAGUGGUUACUACGGUUUUUGAGAGUGGUUACUACGGUUUUUGAGAGUGGUUACUACGGUUUUUGAGAGUGGUUACUGUGGUUUUUGAGAGUGGUUACUACGGUUUUUGAGAGUGGUUAUGUUUCCUCCGCAUUGGGCUGAAUCACAAAAUAAGGAUUUGUGGCUUUAAAUUGUCUGAAAUCACAGUGUUGUGUUUUAUACAUACACACCUGACAGGUGUAGGAUCAGGUUCUCCUCCCCAAAUCCUAUUAUUAAGCAUUAUUGGUGAAAAUGCUACAAGAUCAGCAUCUAGGGGCGACUUCACCUUACACUCACCUCUGCCCUGGGGGCUGUUCCAGAUGGCAGAUUCAUUGAGGUACUGUCCUAAAUAUUCCGAAGUAUCAUUUUUUGGGGGGACAAAUUUAGACUUGAAAUUGGCAUGGUGUCAUUAACUUGAAACCAGCAACACAUAUUCAUGUUUAGCUUUCAAAAUAAACCCCUGAUUUAAGAGCUCAAAUGGUUUAAGUUAAGGAUCCUGGUCUCUGGAACAUCCCACUGCUCCCAGUCACAGUAAAGCAGGAGCCAAUUUCAAGUCCUGAUAUCCCUUUACCAAUAUGGUUAAGUUAUUUCAGAAUAUUUAGGACUAAAUAUGUUUCCAUGGUAACUUAAAUCUUCAUGCAGAUCUCAUGUGAGAAUUUGAGAUAAAUUGCGAGAGAGAAAUAUUUUAUUGCGAGACAUAAAUCUUUAUCAAUGAAACUAACCAGGAAUAAAUGUGAAGUUUUAAAGGCGUAAUUAUAAAUGAAAAGACAUGUCUUAUCUGAAAUGUGUUUUUAUAGGUCACAAGUGAAAGGAUGUUAUAGGUAACCUGUGUAGCUUCGGUCUAGGGCAUGUUAAAGCCCUAGGCUACAGUCAGUUCUAUAUGGUUGUAUAAAUAUGUUGUUAUAUACAUUGUUUAUGUAAGUAGAGAACAGUAGUAGUACAUAUACAGGUAUAAUAGAGGAAGCACCAAAAUGAGGCUUUGCGGCCACCAGAACAUCUUCACUGCUCCUUGGCACAUAUUCUACAAAUGUCUGGAAUUCUAUUGGAGGGACGCGACGCCGUUCUUCCACGAGAAAUUACAUCAUUUGUGUUUUGUUGAUGUUUGUGGGAAAACGCUCUCUCAGGCGCCACUCCAGAAUCUCCCAUAAGUGUUCAAUUCGGUUGUGAUCUGAUGACUGACAUACACACUUUAACCCCCCCCCCCCCCCCGUGCUCCUUGGAGACCCCUCUAUCAAAGUCAAAGAGAUCUCUUGUAACCAAAAUAAUGGUCAUUUUUAUAUGAUGUUAAUUAACUCAGAAAACCACACCUGCGGAAACACUUACAUGCCAAAUGUAGUGUUUCCUUUUCUUUUGGCAGUUCCCUGUAUAUAUCAGAGAACACGCACACAUACAGAGGGGUAAAAAAGUAUUUAGUCAGCCACCAAUUGUGCAAGUUC